CCCACAGCGCAGGCAGAGGUUCGCAUCCGCCGGGCUUUCCGCUGAGGUCCGAGUCUCUGCUUCCCAAAUCCAGGUCUGAGUGGACAUCCCAAAGGAAUAGCCCAAGUCACCAUGGAUGGGGAUGGGGACUCCGGUGGAAAAGCCGGGAAGAACUUCUGGAAGCCCAGAAAGAAAAGUAAAAAGGAAAAGAAACCAACUGUCAGUGUGUUUGCAAUGUUUCGCUACUCAGAUGGGCUGGACAAGAUGUACAUGUUGCUGGGAACUCUGGCUGCUCUUAUCCAUGGAUCUGCCCUCCCCUUGAUGAUGCUGGUGUUGGGCGACAUGACAGACAGCUUUGCAGAUGCAGGAAGCAGUAUUCUACCAAAUCUUACUGACUCGAAUUUCAGUGACCUGAACUCACUGAUCUACGAGCGUCUGGAGAGACAGAUGACCACGUAUGCCUAUUACUAUAGUGGAAUUGGGGCUGGCGUGCUUAUUGCUGCUUAUAUUCAGAUUUCAUUUUGGUGCCUGGCAGCUGGGAGACAGAUACACAAAAUUAGAAAACUAUUCUUCCAUGCUAUCAUGAAGCAAGAGAUAGGCUGGUUUGAUGUGCAUGAUGUAGGGGAGCUGAACACACGGCUCGCAGAUGAUGUCUCCAAAAUUAAUGAAGGAAUUGGUGACAAAAUUGGAAUGUUCUUUCAGUCACUGGCAACAUUUUUGGCUGGUUUCAUAGUAGGAUUCACACGUGGUUGGAAGCUGACCCUUGUGAUCUUAGCCAUUAGCCCUGUUCUUGGACUGUCAGCUGCAGUCUGGGCAAAGAUACUGUCUUCGUUUACUGAUAAAGAACUCUUAGCAUAUGCAAAAGCUGGCGCAGUGGCUGAAGAAGUCUUGGCAGCCAUAAGAACUGUGAUUGCAUUUGGAGGACAAAAGAAAGAACUUGAAAGGUACAAUAAAAAUUUAGAAGAUGCUAAAAAGAUUGGGAUAAAGAAAGCUAUCACAGCCAACAUCUCUAUAGGAGCAGCUUUCUUACUGAUCUAUGCAUCCUAUGCUCUGGCCUUCUGGUAUGGAACCACCUUGGUCCUCUCAAAUGAAUAUACCAUUGGACGAGUUCUCACUGUCUUCUUCUCAGUAUUAAUUGGGGCAUUUAGUGUGGGACAGGCAUCUCCACACAUUGAGGCAUUUGCCAAUGCAAGAGGAGCAGCUUAUGAAAUUUUCAGAAUAAUUGAUAAUGAGCCGAACAUUAACAGCUUCUCGACCCAUGGACACAAACCAGACAAUAUUAAGGGAAAUUUGGAAUUUAGAAAUGUUCACUUCAGUUACCCGUCUAGAAAAGAAGUUAAGAUCUUGAAAGGACUCAGCCUGCAGGUGCAGAGUGGGCAGACAGUGGCCCUGGUCGGGAACAGCGGCUGUGGGAAAAGUACAACGGUGCAGCUGAUACAGAGGCUCUAUGACCCCAGCGAGGGUGUGGUCAGUAUCGAUGGAGUGGACAUCCGGACCCUAAAUGUGAAGUUUCUGCGGGAAAUUAUCGGUGUGGUGAGUCAGGAACCUGUGCUCUUUGCCACCACAAUAGCUGAAAACAUCCGCUACGGUCGCGAGGAUGUCACCAUGGAUGAGAUUGAGAAAGCUGUCAAGGAAGCCAAUGCUUAUGACUUCAUCAUGAAACUGCCUCAUAAGUUUGACACUCUGGUUGGAGAGAGAGGGGCCCAGCUGAGUGGUGGACAGAAGCAGAGAAUCGCCAUCGCACGUGCCCUGGUGCGAAACCCCAAGAUCCUGCUGCUGGACGAGGCCACGUCAGCCCUGGAUACAGAAAGCGAAGCAGUGGUUCAAGUGGCCCUGGAUAAGGCUCGAGAAGGCAGGACCACUAUUGUGAUAGCUCAUCGCUUGUCCACAGUUCGGAAUGCUGAUGUCAUUGCUGGGUUUGAUGAUGGAGUCAUUGUGGAAAAAGGAAAUCAUGAUGAACUCAUGAAAGAGAAGGGUGUUUACUACAAACUUGUCACAAUGCAGACACAAGGAAAUGAUAGUGAAUUAGAAAAUGAAGUUUGUGAAUCCAAAGGUGAAAGUGACGCCUUGGCUGUGUCUUCAAGAGAGUCAAGAUCCAGUCUAAAAAGAAGAUCAACUCGGAGGAGUGUGCGUGAACCACAAGGCCAAGACGGAAAACUCAGCACAGAGGAGACCCUGGAUGAAAAUGUACCUCCAGUAUCCUUUUGGACAAUUCUGAAGCUGAGUUUAACUGAAUGGCCUUAUUUAGUGGUUGGUGUGAUUUGUGCCAUUAUAAAUGGAGGCAUGCAACCAGCAUUUGCAAUAAUAUUUUCAAAGAUUAUUGGGGUUUUUACAAGAAAUGAUGAUCCUGAAACAAAACGACAGAACAGUAACCUGUUUUCACUAAUGUUUCUAGUCCUUGGAAUUAUCUCUUUUAUCACAUUUUUCCUACAGGGCUUCACAUUUGGAAAAGCUGGAGAGAUUCUCACUAAGCGACUCCGAUACCUCGUCUUCAAAUCCAUGCUGAGACAGGAUGUGAGCUGGUUUGACGACCCUAAAAACACCACUGGAGCACUGACUACCAGACUUGCCAAUGAUGCCUCUCAAGUGAAAGGGGCUAUGGGUUCCAGGCUUGCUAUAAUUGCCCAGAAUGUAGCAAAUCUCGGGACAGGAAUUAUUAUUUCCUUCAUCUAUGGCUGGCAGUUGACACUUUUACUCUUAGCCAUUGUACCCCUGAUUACAAUAGCAGGAUUUUUUCAAAUGAAAUUGUUUUCUGGACAAGCACUCAAAGAUAAGAAAGAACUGGAACAUUCUGGGAAGAUAGCUACUGAAGCAAUAGAAAACUUCCGAACUGUUGUUUCUUUGACUCGGGAACAGAAAUUUGAACAUAUGUAUGCCGAACGUUUGCAGGUACCAUACAGAAACUCUUUGAAGAAAGCACACAUCUUUGGACUCUCAUUUGGCUUCACCCAGGCCAUGAUGUCUUUUUCCUACGCUGCUUCUUUCCGAUUUGGUGCCUACCUGGUAGCACAAGAGCUCAUGGAUUUUGAAAGUGUCAUGUUGGUAUUUUCAACCAUAGUCUUUGGUGCCAUGGCAGUUGGGCAGGUCAGUUCAUUUGCUCCUGAUUAUGCCAAAGCCAGAGUGUCAGCUUCCCACAUCAUCAUGAUUACGGAAAAAGUCCCUACCAUUGACACCUACAGCUCAGCAGGCCUGAAGCCGAAUACAUUGGAAGGAAAUGUGACCUUCAGUGAUGUUGUGUUCAACUACCCCACCCGACCGGACAUCCCAGUGCUUCAGGGGCUGAGCCUCCAGGUGAAGAAGGGCCAGACGCUGGCCUUGGUAGGCAGCAGCGGCUGUGGGAAGAGCACGGUGGUCCAGCUCCUUGAGCGGUUCUAUGACACACUGGCCGGAAAAGUGCUUCUGGACGACAAAGAAAUAAAGGAACUGAAUGUGGAGUGGCUGCGCGCACACCUGGGCAUCGUGUCCCAGGAGCCAAUGCUGUUCGACUGCAGCAUCAGGGACAACAUCGCAUAUGGCGACAACAGCAGGACUGUGGCAGAGGAGGAGAUUUUGAAGGCAGCCAAGGAGGCCAACAUCCACCAGUUCAUUGAGUCGCUGCCUGAUAAAUACAACACCAGAGUGGGAGACAAAGGGACGCAGCUCUCCGGCGGCCAGAAGCAGCGCAUCGCCAUAGCUCGCGCCCUCGUUAGACAGCCUCAUAUUUUGCUUUUGGAUGAAGCAACGUCAGCUCUGGAUACAGAAAGCGAAAAGGUUGUCCAGGAGGCCCUGGACAGAGCCAGAGAAGGCCGCACCUGCAUCGUGAUUGCGCACCGCCUCUCCACCAUCCAGAACGCGGACUUAAUCGUGGUGAUUCAGAACGGCAAAGUCAAGGAGCACGGCACCCACCAACAGCUGCUGGCACAGAAAGGCAUCUAUUUUUCGAUGGUCAAUAUCCAAACGGGAGCAAAGUACUAGUGAACUCCGACCAUCUGGGAGGUUUUGAAUAUUUGUGUUUAAAUGUGACAUUUAAACUAAAAAGCAAGCACUGAUUGGACUAUGUAGUUAUCUAUUUCCUGCCACAGGUGAACACUAUUUUAUCAUGUUUAGAAUCUUCGGAGACUUCAUAAGUAAAGCAUCAGAAAUAGAAUCAUUGCCCCCUGGGGAUGGGUAGAUAUGGUUUUAAUUGCAUGACAGGAUUCAUGAAAGGAUUUCCAGUAGAUUUUUUAAAUAAAGUAUGUGCGUCUGUUUGUACUUUGGUAUUUAGUAGCUCACUGCUUUGCUAAAAUGUUAGAUAAGUUACAAAACUAUGGAGAUGUUUGCAUAAAUUGUCUGAAAUAAACUAGCCUCUCUACAAUUGGAGUGACCUUGUCCAAAA